AUGCGGCUGCGCGCAAUUGUGGCUUUUGUAACCGUGUUGUUCUUGGCGUUGCUGUGUGGCGCCCCGACAGUAAGCGCGGAGCUUGACUGCGGCUACUGCCGCUCAAGGGGCUAUUCAUACCUGUGCAGUGCUCCACUCAGCGACGCGGCGUCGUGCUUCAGCAACUCGGGUGAGGUGCGGUGUAAUGGUGGCACGUGUACGUGCUGCCGGAAAACAGCGGCGUCGGGGUGCGCAGCUUGCGAUGAAGACAAUGACGAUGCCGAGAUUAUUGGGGAAGAUAUCUAG